AUGGCUCCACAGACACAAGCGGGAGGCUCGACAGCAACGAGCCAACAAGCCCUCAUGACCACGACGACUGUUUCGAUUCCAAGAAUAGCAAUCAAGUUCUGUACACAGUGCAAAUGGAACCUAAGAGCUGCUUAUCUCACGCGCAUACACGGUACACAGUACGCUCAGGAACUUCUCCAAACCUUCGGCACAAGUAUAGGAGAAAUCGCCCUCGUUCCAGCCACGGGCGGAAUCUUUACGGUGACAAUGACUCAUGCUGCAACAACGACGGAAUUGAGGGAGUCCGGGUCUCAUGGGUCGAAUGGCUCUGGUGAGCAACCGACAACAACGGCAGCUGCAACAGUGACAGCAACGGAUACAAUACUCUGGGACCGCAAAACGGACGGUGGAUUCCCAGAGACCAAAGAACUCAAGAGCAGAGUAAGGAAUAUCAUCGAACCAGGUCGAGACCUAGGGCACAUCGAUAGGAGUUUGAAAAAGGGAAAGACAUCGACAUCGACACAAGAAGAAAGCCAGGCCGACGAGACGGUGAAAAGUAGUGGUGCCAGUGGUGCGGAUGGUUUGGAUCAGGAGAAAACUGCUACUGGUAGUGGUAGUGGUAGUGGUGGUGGUGAUGAAGAACAAAAGGGAGCGAAAGAAAAGUCAAAGACGAAAGACUGUGAGGAUUGUAACUGA